GAUUGCGAUUGGUUUAAACUCAAUAAAGCAUGUCCAUUAGGAAACGGGACGACCGUGUGUUGACCGACUACUUUUUUUUUUCCACUCCCACCGCUUUCUGAAAGUUGCGAAACCGAAACUUAACGGAUCAAUUGAGAACGGGAAAAUUACCGCUGUUCUAAUAAUGAACAAUCACAACAGUCCUGCUUCUGUCUGGAGGGUGAACGUGGAAGUGUUGAAGCGCUUUCUCGUGUGUACCGCUGCCUGCACCUGUGUGGGUGUGAUGUACAUACAGUGGACAUACAUUUGGAUGCUCAGGUCUGAAAUGGCUGAAAUCGCGCAGCGGUUCAGGGCUCUGGAUACAGCGGGAGACGAAGGUGGGAUAUGCUGCGAUUCCGCCGUGUGCUACGGGGCAACAUCUUGUUAUAAGGUAAGCUGUUCUCACAGAUUCGCUGAGAGACGGACACAUGCGGAGGGCCGAGACAGGAGAGAUGUGACAAAACAGAAGAAACAGAGGAAGAGACGAGAAACAGAGCAGCACACAUUUCUCCAUCUAGUUCCUGUGUCUUCGCAGUCGUACAAUGAUCAUGACACCACUGUUCUGUCUUGGGCCGUAGGGCAGAGCAGAGGGGAGGGGCUUCAGGUGUCAGCUGACACUGUAACAGUGGAGGCCGAGGGCACUUACUUCAUUUACAGUCAGGGUUUGUUCUGUUACUUGCCACAGGUGCUGUAUAAAGACACCACGUGGGUCAUGGGUCAUGUGAUCACCAAGAGGCUCAAGGGGGCGGAGACUAAGCUGAUGAAGUGUCUAAAAAGCAUGCCCAGUAACGUCAGCCAGCCACUCAACACCUGCUACACUGCUGGAAUUUACUUCCUGGAGUCUGGAUCCACCCUUCAGCUCUCUGUUCCCCGCAAAUCUGCAGAGCUCAUCCUGACAGCGCACGCCACCUUCAUGGGCCUCUUCAACAUAUGACAUGUGAUUUACAUGCUUCACUGACCGAAACCCUGUUUAUCCUCUUGCAUACACUCAUGCUUUUAUGUGGUAAAUGGAUGCCACCUAGUGGACAAUUGAAACACUGGCAUGUUGGAAGUGGUACUUGUACAAAAACAAAAACAAAAACAAACAAAAAAUAAAUAAAUAAAUAAAUAAAUAAAGAUGGCACUACUAUGUUUGCACCUGGUAUCAGGUAAAAAUAUGUGUUUUUGGAAAUAUAUUGUGUGCAAUGUAAAUGCCAUGUAAUACAGAUAUGGUAUUCAGUAAAAUAAUAUACACUGAUCAGCCACAACAUUAAAACCACUGACAGAUGAAGUGAUUCACAUUGAUUAUAUCAUUAUAAUGGCAUCUUUCAAGGGGUGGGAUACAGUAGGCAGUGAGUGAACAGGCAGUUCUUGAAUUUCAAGUGUUGCAAGCAGGUAAAAUGGGCAAGACAGAAGAUCUGAGCAACUUUGACAAGGGCCAAGUAGUGAUGGCCAUUGGGUCACAGCAUCUCCAAAACAAAAAAGCAAGUCUUUUGGGAUCUUCUUGGUACACAGCAGUUAAUACCUACCUAAGGUGGCAAUGGUUCAUGGCAAUGGUGUUCCCAGAUGGCAGUGGCUUCUCUCAGCAUGUAAUGCACUGUGUCACGCUGCAAAAAAUCAUUCAGGAAUGGUUUAAGGAGCAUGGCAAACAGUUGCCUGGGCAUCUAUGGGACGUGCUGGACCAGUAAUUCCAAUCCAAGGAGACUCUACCUUGCAACUCACAGGAUUUAAAGCAUCUGCUGCUAAAUCUUGGUGCCAGAUAAUAAAGGACACGUUCAGAGGUCUUGCAUCAACACAUCAGAGCUGUUUUGGCAUCUUGAGGGGGACCCACAUGAUAUUAGACAGGUGGUUGUAAUGUUGUGGCUGAGCAGUAUAUCAAUGCCAAGAUAAUACUGUCUGAUGCAAUCACUGUUUCAUAGUACCACCAUAGUACUUUCUUUGUUUCAUGGCUAUUGAAAAUAUUGCAUUAACAAAUUGUCAUCAGUAUUGGUUAACCCCAUGGUGUAGCCACCACAUUUUGAUUUCAAAAUAAAUUCAGAGCUGUCUGGUGUGACUGGGACACAAAAUAAACAUGCGAUAAUAAUUUAUCCAACAAAAAGUAAAGCCUAGGAAUAAAUGAAUGCAAUAUUUCCCCUGAGUGCAAACACUGAAAAGAAAUAGCUAAUAAUUCUCUGUCCAAAUAAAUUGCUCAGAAUCACAAGCUAUUGCUGUCUCACUUCCCAUCAUCUGUACUCCUUCUCAUGUCACAUUGUGUGUUGUUAUUAUUUAUUGCACAUUUAUUUGGAAAAACUACCAAUAGCAAAAAUAAUUAUUAUCAUUUAAGAAAUGGUUUGCAAAUGCAGCAAUGUUUUCUCUCAUUUCAUUAUUUCUUACACUGUAAAUAAAUA